UAUCGGUAGAGUUCAGCAUCCCUCCUCGGCGAGGAUCAUAUGGGCUUUUUCCAACACGACCAUUGGCUGUAGUGAAAACAAGUGGGCGUGGACACUGACGCCUCAAGACUGACUCAACGUUUCACCGGCAAUCUAUUAACUCACACCUAAUUUGUUGGUAGUUUAUCAUCACAAGGAGCGAACCGCACCAACAGUGGAAGCCGUUUUAAGCCCCGUAGGAACCCCAGCGUGCUCUCCUAAGUAAGCUAGUGUCUAGCCGGUGCAGCGUACAAUAAUCCUCCAGAAGAUGAACGGCUAUAACUCUCUUCAUGAUGAAGACUGUUUCCUUUUUACCUCCGAGUCUGUUGGAGAAGGUCAUCCAGAUAAGAUUUGUGACCAAAUCAGUGACGCGGUUCUGGACGCCCACCUCAAGCAGGAUCCUGACGCUAAAGUAGCAUGUGAGACGGUGGCGAAGACGGGCAUGAUCCUGCUGGCCGGGGAGAUCACAUCCAGGGCUCACGUGGACUACCAGAAGAUCGUGAGAGAGACCAUCAAGCACAUCGGCUACGAUGAUUCCUCCAAAGGCUUCGACUACAAGACCUGCAAUGUCCUGGUUGCGUUGGAGCAGCAAUCCCCCGACAUCGCUCAGGGAGUCCACCUGGACCGCAAGGAGGAGGACGUCGGGGCUGGAGACCAGGGUCUGAUGUUCGGCUAUGCCACCGAUGAGACAGAGGAAUGCAUGCCCCUCACCAUCAUUCUGGCUCACAAGCUCAACGCCAAGAUGGCUGAGCUGCGCCGCGAUGGAACCUUGCCCUGGCUACGGCCCGACUCCAAAACCCAGGUGACGGUGCAGUACAGGCAGGACCGCGGGGCCAUGCUGCCCCUGCGCGUGCACACCGUGGUGGUGUCGGUGCAGCACGACGAGGUCGUCUCCCUGGAGGAGAUGCGGGCGUCCCUGAAGGAGUGUGUGGUGCGGGCGGUGGUGCCCCCGGCCUACCUGGACGACGACACCGUCUACCACCUGCAGCCCAGCGGGCGCUUCGUCAUCGGAGGCCCGCAGGGCGACGCCGGCCUCACCGGUCGCAAGAUCAUCGUGGACACCUACGGGGGCUGGGGGGCCCACGGCGGCGGGGCCUUCUCGGGGAAGGACUACACCAAGGUGGACCGCUCGGCUGCCUACGCAGCCCGCUGGGUGGCCAAGUCCCUGGUGAAGGCGGGCCUCUGCAAGCGGGUCCUGGUGCAGGUGGCGUAUGCUAUUGGGGUGGCCCACCCUCUGUCCAUCUCCAUCUUCCACUAUGGGACGUCCGACCGCAGUGAGAGGGAGCUGCUGGACAUCGUCAAGAGGAACUUUGACCUGCGUCCCGGUGUCAUUGUCAGGGAGCUGAAGCUGAAGAGGCCCAUGUACCAGUGCACCGCAGCGUACGGCCACUUCGGACGGGAGGACUUCUCCUGGGAGGUGCCCAAGAAGCUCAAGUACUGAGUACGGGUCCUCUCCCAGCCUCACACCGGUUUGUGUGAUCUCUCCACCCACUAGGGGGUGCUGUUGUUCCUCCCGUGUUCCUUUCCAUUCUCUCAACCCUCCCCCCUCCCUCACCCCCUCCCGGCGUGGUCCCUAGCACUCACUACUGUGUGCUGUACUACCCCUUUUUUUUAAAGAGAAGGCAACUGAAGGUUCGAUGGCAAAAUAACAACAACAAUUAUAAUAACCGAUUAUAGAUGAUACAUGAACUUGAUAGAGGUAGUGCCACUUGGUUCAAUUGCAUUAUGAUUUAUAUUUAUAUAGUGGGGAAAGCGUUGAUUAUUUGCGCUUAACUUGUAUUAAACGUUAACAUCAUUCUAUGAAAUAAACCCGAAAGUGUCAGGGCCAAAUACUGGUCAGAGGGCCGGUAAAUAACGAUAAUCAAUGUUUGUGCAACAGUGUUUUUUUGACUUCUCCCGUUGUUACAGCAGGCUUAUGCCAUAUUUCAGAAGCCUGCUUGCUCUCUCUGUUUCCUGUUCAUAUCACAUUAGCUGACUUCUAAACCGAUAAUGCACUGUAAUCUUGUCUCAUGCAAGAUUAUGUUGCUCUCUCUUUAUUGGCUUGCAGUGUUCCCAAAUGCUCACUGCUGUCGUGUUACACUCCACUCUGUCGUUCUUUCAAAGUUGGAGGUCGCCGUAAAGAUUGUGUAGACCUCCACCCAGAAGGGAGCAAGAGCACCCAUGCUUUUUCCCCAACCACAAGUAGCGUUUUGUCCCUGAUUUAAGCCUUUUACGCUGGAUGCGCAGGCAUCAUACAUGAGAAUGAGCUCCAGUAUGAGGACACAGUGACUUGUUUAAUGGAAAGGGAUUCUCUCAACAACAAUGGGCAAUACUUGUGAGCAGGAGAAAAUCCUUGUCCCCUUUUGAUAGUUACAAUUGGUUGGGCACCCAUAACAAGCUUUUUAAAAGUUCCUAGCCAUAACAGAAACAUGACAUUUAUACCCCAAAUACCUCUUUCUUAGAGGAAAGGCAGUUAAUGGUCUGGCGGCUUCAAUCUGCACAUGCUAGCGUGCUAAAGCUAGCACCCAUCUACACCCCCCCAUGGAGUUUGAUGUAGGCCAACUGUAGAAGCUAUGAACACGAUAGUGGAUGUUGCAGCAGCUGUAAACACAAAGGAGAAGUUUUACAGAGAACUGAGAAGCUGCUAAUAUUAGUCUCUGGGUGCUCACAUGGAUCGCCGCACACCCUUUUACUAUAUUUAUCGACGUGAUGUGAAUGUUUGUCACGCUGGCCUAUCGGACCACGUUGUAGACAAUCGUGGCCUGCAGAGCUGUGAGUACGGGUGUAGCUACAGAGAAACCCGGCGCAGCCUGCAGGGCACCACCCUUAAGGCCUUUUAGAGCAAGGAACCGGACACUAAAACUGUCCUUAAUGUUGGUCAGGAGGAGAGGGGGGCAGGGUUCGUAGUGCGUGUGUGUUUGUGUGAGACUGUCUUUAGUUGUUCUUCUUUCGGCUCUGGUACCUAUAUUCACGCUGAGAGACUUGCUUCCUCAGGAUGCAGCAGCUGUAGUGGUUGCUGUCUUCUCUCCAUUUUGAGUGUGGGUUGGCCUGCGCGUGGUUGACUACAAGAUGGCUGCUGCAGGUGGGGGAAUACCUGAGUUUGAGUCGACGUCCCGUUUUUGCUAAAUCUAGGGAAUAUUUUUGUAGUUUUUCGUCAUAGCGCUACAUUUAGUAGUUGAAAAGAGCAACGUUGGGAUCUUUUGGGUGCGGGGGAGGUUAAAUAACUACAGCGCAGUAUGACGUCUGACUCAUUCCGUGUACAGAGGUGAAUGUUGUAUUUUGUUAAACGACACCACGAGUCUGGCGCCCACGCGUCCGUGUCGGGCUGUAUUCCGCUGUAUUAUAUUGAGUGUGGGGAAGGUGUCGUCAGUGUGAUGUGCGUGCAGUGGCCCCUGACGUCUUUGGUGUUCGAGUCCUCGGCCCUACAAUGAGUGACUGUGUGAGGUAACGUGUUGCUGAGCAUUCCACGGGUCGAUGGGUAUCUCGAACACCACAGGAAGUCUCUCAAACAAAAAAAACCUUUCCACAUGUGGAUCCCUCCGACAGACUGAAGCAGAUUGGCUGGUGUUGUACAGAGAAACCAGCCCGUUUACAUGCUUCUCUGUGGGUUCCUGUUGUUCCACCACCCUUUUUUUUUAUCUCAGUAUUUGUUGCUGUUACAGACAUGUCUACUGGUGUGGAUAAUGACAUUAGUAAAAGUGCCUUUCUAACAUUCUGCCCUUCUCGUGUGGCGCGGCCGGAAUCCCCAGAAUGUAAAUUGGCCACCCCCUCCCCCCCCCCCCCCCCCCCCCCCACAACACUGUCUUCCCCAAUGUAUCCAACGUUGUGCUGUCCAACACGGUUGCUAUCUGAAUAAAAUAUCCUACCC